AUAGUGGAGAUGGGCGAGGCUUCAGUUGAGAGGCGUAGCUGAAACUGGUCUCUCUUGUAUGUGGGAGAGUAUUCCUUCUGUUCCUGUCACGACUAUGUUUUUCAAGUAUUUAAUGAGUGCCUAACACAGUCACAAAUGGCUGAAGUAAUUCCCGUCGGCUCCCCCUUGCUCUUGCCAUCCGUCAUGAACGCCAUCUUCCAGGCUCCGGAGGACUCGGGCACCGCCGCUGCUAGUCCUCCCACGGACCCUCAGAGCGGGGAGGACUACUUGUUUCUGGAAACCACGCAUCCCAACACAGUCCUGCGGGGCCUGAACAGCAUGCGGCUUAACAAAGCCUUCUGUGAUGUGACUCUGUGCUGUGGAGGACAGGAGUUCCCUUGCCAUCGCAUUGUACUUGCAUCCUUUAGCUCCUACUUCCAGGCAAUGUUUUCUGCUGACUUGCUGGAGUCCAAGCAGGAACGUGUKGCCAUUAAUGGAGUUGAGCCCCAGAUGAUUGGCAAGCUGGUGGCCUAUGCCUAUACAUCUCAGAUCUUCAUCACUAAAACAAACGUACAAGCACUUCUGGCAGCGGCCAAUUUAUUGGACGUGAUGGCUGUUCGAGAGGCUUGCUGUCACUUCAUGGAGCGUCAGAUGGACGAGGCAAACUGUGUGGGAAUUCACUGCUUUGCUGAGGCCCAUUCCUGUAAGGUGCUGGAGAAACGCAGUAUGGAGUACAUUCUGGAGAACUUCAGCACUGUUUAUCAGCAGGAAGAGUUCUUGUCUCUCUGUGUGGACAAACUUACAGAAAUCAUCUCUAGCGACCUUCUCGAUGUUCCUAAAGAGGAGAUGGUGUUUGAGGCCGUCAUGCUGUGGUUGAAUAAAUGUCCUUCUCGCAAACAGGGGUUUGAAAAGGUGCUCGAGCACAUUCGCCUGCCUCUCAUCAGCCCUUACUACCUCCACGACCUAAUUGAGUCUUUAGAUGUCGUAAAAGAGAACCAGGCUUGUCAGAAGCUCAUUUCUGAGGCCAAGGACUACCUGCUGCUGAAGGAUCGCCGAGGAGAGCUCUACAGCUCCCGAGCAAGGCCACGAAGAUCCACAGGUACAGGAACUGUCGCGGUAAUAGUAACUGUUGGCGGAGAAGACGACAAGGUGGUGCUGCGUAGUGUCGAGAGUUUUGAUCCCACGACAAACAUUUGGAAGAACCUAGCGUGCCUUCCCUUUGCGGUCAGCAAACAUGGGCUUGUCGUCUCAGACUCGACUCUGUAUUUGGCGGGGGGAGAGUUUCCUGAUGGCUCRGCAAGCAGAGAGAUGUGGCGUUAUGACCCCUGCUUCGACUCCUGGAUGGAGAUGGCUCCCAUGAAUGUAGCUCGCUCCGAGUUGGGUCUAGUCAUGCUGGACGGCUUCGUUUACGCCGUCGGCGGAUGGGAGGGCCGAGGUCGUCUGGACUCGGUGGAGUGCUACAAUCCUCACACAAACUCCUGGCAGUUCACGCCGUCAGUAAAAAUGGCCGUUACCAGUCCUGCAGUGGUGGCYCUGGAUGGUCUGCUAUAUGUUACUGGGGGUGCAGUUCUUGAAGAUGGAGACGGCACCGACCUUGCCCAAGUUUACAACCCAAAAACCGCAGUGUGGACUGAGGUCGCUCCAAUGCAGAUUGCACGCUCGGGUUCAGCUGCUUGUACGCUCAAAGGAAAGCUUUACAUUAUAGGUGGAUGGCAUGCCUCUACAGAGAACACCGAUAAAGUCGAGUGUUUCAACCCAAAGACCAACCAGUGGACWAUGUGCGCUCCAAUGAAGGAACGCCGCUACCGGCCAGGGGCGGCUGUAGUGGACGGAAAGAUUUACGUCUUAGGAGGCGAAGAGGGUUGGGACAGAUAUCAUGACACUAUUGAGCGGUACUGUGAAGAAACUGAUUCUUGGGAGAUUGUUGGGGAAAUGCCUACCAGUCGCAGCUGGCUCAGCUGUGCAUCUCUCCAGCUGAGGAAGAAUGUCCACAUAUGCAGCCGUCCUGGUACACCAAGCGAAAAUUAAAAUGGGACAAUGAAGGGAGACCCUGCUGUGGUUUUUAAACUUUUGCACACUUAAUGUCAGCAGUGUUCCAUCAUGUGUUGAGGCUUCUCGACCAGGAAGCCUGAAGGAGUUGACAAAAUAGUGAAUUUUCCUGUGGGAUCUUGACAAAAAUGCCUUAUGGAGUUAGCCUGGGACACUUUGGUUCCUCCGGGAUAUUUUCUUACAGGAUCUCAAGUUACUGCGACCCACAGUCUAGCCUGCAGUUGGAACUCGUGCUCUGUUCAAUGUUGAUGUGUUUAAGGCACCCUUGUUAUGUCUGGGCACCUCAAACUGAAGAUGUUCCUGCCCAACAUAGUGUAUUUUUCUAUUGUAAUGUAUUUUGGAGAUAACCAGUCUAAAGAUGGUAAACUUCUGUGGAAUUUAUUAUAUUGUGAAUAUUUUUAAAUCUUGCCUGUGGGAGAAAAAAAUAACCUGUGAGCAGUGUGUUGAAAUUGAACUUUGUUCUUUAAAAUGAUUGUCUUUUCAACCUGUGAUGUGUAGAAUAUAUUUUUGUAAUGAGUCCUUCAUGUUGGUGAAUUUAUGUAGUUCAUUUACAGUGAAUAAAUUGCUUUAUUAAAAAUG